GGAGAGAGGGAGAGAGAGAGAGAGAUGGGAGGAGAGCUUUCCUCGCAGGCAGGCGGCCGGGGAAGAGGGGCCGGGAAAGCAGGCUCGGAGGAGGCUCACUUCCCCACACUUAACCAGGGCAAUAACCGUCCCUCAGUCUAAAACAAACAAAAAAGGAACUUCUGCUGCGCGCAGGGCUUGCGUGGCACGGAGGAAGCCACCGCGAGGGAUAAAGAGCGGGGAGGAGAGCGAGGACAGAAGUUCCCGCCUUCGACACAACAUGGAUAGGGGGCAGCUGUUCGCUUGCGGGUUGCAGGACCGCCUGGCGCCCAGCCGCUGAAAAGCUUUCGGCAGGCGCCAACGCCACGCCGCGGGAGAUGGCCGGCGGGCCGCGAAGGACGAAGCCGCGGCUGGGCGGUGGCCCCGCUCGCCUGGCGUGGUCCGCGCUGCUUCUGACGUGGGCUGUGGGGAGGGCCGCCUGCCAGGGGACCCUCACCUUCCCUCAGGCCGUUAGCAACCUGGCGGUCAGCCAGGGGCGUCUGCUGGUGGCCGCCGGCAAUUGCUGGUACCAAGCGGAGCCCUCGCUGGCCCGGCAGGCAGAGGUGGGCGGUUGCCAGCCGCAGGAGUCCUCGGUCAACAAGCUGCUGCUGCCCUUCGGCCGCUCCCGCCUGCUUACCUGUUGGAACCAGCCGGAAGGCAGCUGCUACGAGGAGGACCUCGGCGGCGGCGGCGCCCACGCCAACGGGACCGCCCGGGCGCCCCAGAAGGACUUCGGCAAAGAGCUGGUGAGUUACACGUCUCGGGGCGCCGCCGCCGGCGCGAUGUACUCCUUCGAGUCAGACUGGUACCUGAUCGUGGCCACGACGCACAUGCUGAACGAUUCCCGUUACAACACCAAGCUGGCCAUGAGCACCGCCAUGACGGCCGUCUCCAUCAAAGGAGAAGGUCCGAAGCCCGUGGGAGAAGCGCAGCAGCUGCACUUGGCCGUGGAAAACGUGUUGUACUUCGUGGACGCCUUUCUGUGGGGCGAGCACUUCUUUUUCCCUUACUAUCACUACAACCGGAGCCUGGAGCCCAAGAUGCUCAUCGUCCCUCAAGACGUGGACCACAAUCAUGUCAGAGGCCACAGCCAGAGAGUCUUGCGAUGUGGCGACGCGACCCAAAUCCUCUCCUCCGCCUUCCUGGAGGAGCGCGCUUUCUGGAUCGGGAUCUUUGGCUCGGCUAAGAGGGGAGCGGGCCCAACCUCUACAGCCCUUUGCAUCUUCGAUCUGACACAGUUCCUGAGUAAAGCCCGAGGCUGCAAAAAGGAGAGUGUGUCGGAAUUCCUGCCUCAGUCAAACUCUGCUUGUGUCACAGUAGCACAGCCAUUGAACAACUCAGUUUCCAUGCAUCAUUCUAAUCUAGUGUCAGUUUAUGCCACAAUAGUUUUGAACAAAAUUGUUUUGUUUUUGGGGACAGAAAAUGGGCAAUUACUGAAGGUUGUUCUUGAUGACGAAAUGAAGCCAAAAUGCCCUGAUAUUUUAUAUGAAAUUGAGGAAGAAACAACAGUUUUUCACAAACUUGAACUUGAUCCUGUGGAUAAAGAUUACAUCUAUCUACCAUCCAAUAAUAAGAUUAGAAGAAUACCGGUUGCAAAUUGUACCAAAUAUAUGUCCUGUAAAGAGUGUUUAUCCGCAAUGGACCCACACUGUGGAUGGUGCUAUUUAAAGAAAAGCUGCACCUUAAAAGGAGAAUGUUUGCUUUCAAAUAAUUCAGGGAACUGGACAAGCAUUUCAAAUGCAAGCAAUAAAUGCCUGCAGAUCUACAUUUCUGAACUUCACAGAGGUGAGAUUUCAGUGACUGCAGUUGGAAAUUCUUUUGAUCUUUCUAAAGGGCGUUACAUGUGCACUAUGAUAAAUGAAAAGACAAAGAAAAAUCUUUGUAAGAAUGAGUAUCCAGGCACCAAGAACUGUUCUUGCCAGCUAAAGAGGUCAGAUCUAAUAGAUAAAGUUCAGAUAUCACUUUCUUCUGAUUCCUGGCUUUUAUCAGAAAUAUUUGAAUUCAAUGAAUGCUUAUUACAGAAAACAUGUUCAGAAUGUGAUCGUGCUGGUUGCACAUGGAAUGCCAGAAAUAACAAAUGUAUUGUCUCUAUGAUGACUUGUAAAAAAAGGGUUGAAUGUGACAAGACAGUCAAUGCAUCAGAUUGGAAAGUUACUUCAAAGACACCCAAGCCCAUGAAAAUUUCUUCUGUUAAACCAGCGUGGAUAUCAACAUUAGGGAAAAGUGAAGUUUUAAUAGAAGGAGAAAACUUUACAGGAUCAAACAUUGUGAUGGAAAUAACUGGAACUAGCAGCUGUGAACCAGAUGAGAUAUCAGUCACGGAGGUGCUAAAUCGGACACAUAUGAAAUUCUGUUUACCGCCAAGUCUCAAAGAAACCAAGAGUAUAUGCAUAAAGGAAAAGGGAUUUAAAUGUUCACAUCCUAUGCUACUACGUUAUGUCUCUCUCCCAGUGUGUUAUGAAAUAGUUCCAAAUAUUUCAUGGGCAAGUGGAGGUCGCAACAUAACUAUACAUGGAAAGUAUUUGAAUAUCACAGAUUCAAUUAUUAUUUUUGAUGAAUUGAAACACAGUUUGACACAAUUUACAUGUCACAGCAGUAGUUCUGAAUGCAAUUUUACAACACCAGCUAUUAAACCUGAAAAAGGGAGUAGAGUUGCUAACAUUGUGCUAAAUAUUGAGAAUAGACAUAUACAUUGCAAUGAUCUGCAAUAUCAUCCGGAUCCUGCAUUUGAUUUCUACGAGUUGACAACUGAUUUAGAGCAUGACUUGGAGUUAAAAAUAAAUAAAAGAAAGGAUAAAUUAAAUAUUGUUGGAAAUGAGAUAGAAAUUUUUCUAUCUCAUGAAGUUAGUAUGAAACGGAUAAAUACAACUUUCACUGUCCAAAAUAUUACAAACACUACAACCUACAACGUUAUACGUGGCAGAGCCAAACGGGAAGAGAGUUUUGCUAGCAAAAUUGAUAAAUCUAGUGUGAAAGUUUAUGUUAAGGUGGGAAACUUUGAGCUUGAAGUUCUGCAAAAACCACGCAACUAUUCAUUUCUAUACGUUCUUUUGCUAAUCCCUGUAGUAAUCGUAGUUGCAGUUCUUGUUACCCAAAGAAAAUCCAGACAGUUAAAUCGAAAACUAAGUGAACAACUAGAGCUAUUGGAAUGUGACAUUCGUAGAGAAAUACGUGAAGGAUUUGUAGAACUGCAGAUGGAAAAACUGGAUGUGGUCAAUAGUUUUGGAACAGUUCCCUUCCUUGACUACAAACACUUCGUUCUUAGGACUUUCUUUCCAGAGCCUGGAGGCAAUUCAUUUGUUUUUAUCCAAGACUCCAGUGAACCACUUACAAUACAAAGCUCAAAUCCAGGUCACAAGGAUGAAAGCGUGGCAGCAUUGUCUGCAUUAAUUUGUAAUAAGAACUUUCUUGUUACCCUGAUUCACACUCUUGAAAAGCAGAAAACUUUCUCUGUGAAAGAUAGAUGUUUGUUUGCAUCUUUCCUGACCAUUGCACUACAAACAAACCUAGUCUACUUAACCAGCAUUCUGGAAGUUUUGACAAGAGACUUGAUGGACCAGUCUAGCAAUAUUCAACCAAAACUGAUGUUAAGACGUACAGAAUCGGUAGUAGAAAAGUUGCUAACAAACUGGAUGUCUGUUUGCCUCUCUGGUUUUCUAAGGGAAAGAGUUGGGGAAUCAUUCUAUUCGCUUGUGACUACCCUCAAUCAAAAGAUGGUCAAGGGUCCUGUGGAUGUAAUAACUUCCAAGGCUCUAUAUACACUGAAUGAAGACUGGUUACUAUGGCAAGUAACUGAAUUUAGCACAGUGACAUUAAAUGUUGUCUUCGAAAAAAUCCAAGAAAAUGAGGGUGAAGGCACGAUGCAGAAUAUCCAAGUUAAUGUCCUAGAUUGUGACACCAUAGGGCAAGCCAAGGAGAAGAUUCUCCAAGCCUUUUUAAACAAGAAUGGCUCUCUUUAUGGUCUGCAGCUGAGUGAAGUGGGCCUUGCUCUUCAGUCAGGUCCACAAACAAAAGAACUUCUGGAUGUAGAUAGUUCUUCUGUAAUUCUAGAAGGUGGAAUUACCAAGCUGAACACCGUAGGCCAUUAUGAGAUUUUAGAUGGAGCAACUGUUAAAGUGUUUAAGAAAGAAACAACUACACCAGGUUGUUCAGAGGGGGAAUACUCUAGCAAUUAUUGUCAUCUGAUAUUACCAGAUUCUGAAUCAGCCAAAGAUACACAAGGAGCAAAACAUCAAGGAAAGCAAAAGUUUAAAGUGAAGGAAAUGUAUCUCACAAAACUCCUGUCUACAAAGGUUGCUGUUCACUCAGUUGUUGAAAAGCUCUUUCGGAACAUUUGGACUCUCCCUAACAAUAAAGCCCCAGUUGCUGUCAAAUAUUUUUUUGACUUUUUGGAUGCUCAGGCUGAAAAUAAAAAAAUUACAGAUCCUGACGUAGUCCACAUAUGGAAAACCAACAGUCUUCCUCUUCGAUUCUGGGUGAACAUAUUGAAGAACCCCCAGUUUGUCUUUGAUGUUAAAAAAACUCCACAUAUAGAUGGCUGUUUGUCAGUAAUAGCACAGGCAUUUAUGGAUGCCUUUUCUCUGUCUGAGCAACAACUGGGAAAGGAAUCCCCAACAAAUAAGCUUCUCUAUGCUAAAGAUAUUCCACUUUAUAAAGAGGAGGUUAAAGCUUUCUAUAAAGCAAUAAAGGAUUUGCCUCCAUUGUCCACUUCGGAAAUAGAAGAUUUUUUGACUCAGGAAUCAAAGAAACAUGAAAAUGAAUUUAAUGAAGCAGCAGCCUUGACUAAAAUUUACCAGUACAUAUCAAGAUAUUUUGAUGAAAUACUGAAUAAAUUGGUGAAAGAACGAGGGCUGGAAGAAGUCCGGAUGCAACUUCUGAAUAUAAAAGAUUUAAUUGAAGAAAAGAAAAAAUGCAAGUGGGUUUAAGUGUUCAGUGAUCCCUACCUCUGAUGGGAUGAAUUUUAACUGUGACUCUCACUGAACAGUAUUCAGAAUAUUGCCUCAGUUCAGUUUUACUCACACGUAACUCGUAACGCAAACAACUAGUGACCUCAAAUGGGAAUGCACAUUUCCAGAUGCAUCAAAAGAUACAUCCCAUCAGUUCAGUGGACCCUGGAUUAAGCAUUGGCAGAUUAUGCAGACAGAUGCACGUUGUCCUAAUGAAAGACCAUUGUCAUGUGCAGAUUUGCCUUCCAAGAAUGAAGGUACUGAGUGAUUUUGGCAUCAUUUUAACCACUUUUACCACUUAUGAAUUUAUGGUUCUUUUUAAAAAGGCCAGAACCACUAAAUGCAAUGAAGCAAUCUGCUUGCCUUUUAUUUUUGCAGCAGUGCUGUGUAUGUUAUGAUUUGCCAAAAUUUGCACAUACAUUUUACAGGCUCCUACUGCUUGUAUUCCACAUGCAGAGCCUUUAAGGUAGCCCUAAAGCUCACAGGAUGCAGUGCUAGAGGACCUGAGAUCACCUUUUAAAAAAAAAGAUCUUAGAUCUUUGGAGGGAGGAAAGGUGCUCCUGUUUGCUGCAUUAAUUUGUCUCCAGAUGUUUAUAACAAAAUUAAAAUAGAAACUGCACAUAAAUAAAUAGAAAAAAUCCUUACCUUAAAUUUUACAUACAUUGGCAAGUUUAUGACAUAAGUAUAAUAUAUGUACUAUACUAUCUCCUGCCAUACCACCACACGUCUUCUGUCAAUACAACACUGCAAGCUGGAAAGUCAUUCAGGAACCAAAUCUCGCAAGCUGGAACAGCCAUUAACACCAUAGCAUUUUUCUACAGAAAAAGUAGGUUUUGUCUGUUAUCAAGCUGAAAAACGUACCCAUUGAAACAUGUGAAAUGUAAGAUUGCUAGCAAAUCCAGAGUUGGCUAACCAAAGGAAGUUGUUAGUAUGGAUUUUAAAACUACUGCUGUUGGUCCCCAACCCCACACAUUUUUUGGGGGGGGUUAAUGUAAAAAUGUGUGUAAUUGUGGGAAUGUGUGUAUAGGACACUAUGCAGGAUCUUAAAAAUCCUAAUGAUCACAAGAGCUACUUAGCUGAUGUGUGUGGAUAAUCUUUAGGUGGCACUUUGAUAGUGUACAAUGUUUAAAACAUCCAUUCAUCUAAGCAAAGACCAUGAAAAUAGCAGUGCAGUUUGACUUACAACUUCCAGAUUUGGUAGACAUCUGAUCUGAGCAGUAGAGCUUUGAAAAUUGUGUGUAGUUUCUACACAGCAGGUACAGAAAAAGAAGAACUGUCAUUAAAACAACAUUUUGUUAGGCUAGUUCUUACAUAGAGAACUAGCCUAUGUUCUCUCCAAGGGGUGCAUUUAUUGGCCCAAAUGCUGUUUGUAAAUGUGUCAUGUAAUGUUGUGCUGUCAUAAAUAAUACUGGGUGCUCUAGCAGUGAGGACUGUGCAAGUCAAAUGCACAAAUGGUAGUGCCAUUCCUGUUCUGAUCAACUGCACAGUGUGCUAAGUGGAAGUGCUUUGUGAAUAAUAUUUCCACCUUGACAUGACUGCAGCCACUGUGGUUAUAAUGCUAGUUACACUUGCAUAUCUACCCAACAGGAUUUCAACCAUUUUUAAAGAAGCAAUAUACAUUCAUUCUACAAGAAAAGCACCGUGGCUAUCUUAAAAGCACAAAAAUUAUAAAUUUUAUAUAAAAUAGGCAAGUAUGUAUUUUUAAACCCAUAGAUCAUUUGACCAAAACUUUCCAAGAGGGUUCUUCGAGUUAACCAACUUUAGUUUAUAAAAAUAAUGUGGAUGUCACUGCAGCACUUGAAACUACUGCCUGUAGAAUCUUUGACAGGUUUGAAACUUAGUGUAUUCCUCUAUUUAAAAAAAGAAAAGGUAAAAUUAAAUGUUUGUGGCAGUCUGCAGACAAAGUCACAUCAUAGUAUCAGUAUUGUUACCACAUAAACCAUUAUGAACUUACAUAUGUUCAUAAUUUAAAAGUUCACCUGGCCGUGUACAUGCAAAAAUAAUUCCUAUUAUGUGAAACAUUUGUAUAAAACAUGUAAAAAUGUAGAUGGUUAUUUACAAGAAAUGUUUUCUAUGUUUACAAGAAAUAUACAGUAUUGAUGUUUA